AUGGCUUUGCGUAUCAAAGAAAAAGCAACUAAAGAACAAGCAGUUGUCCACGCAAUUCUAUCAGCCGGUUUGGUGCAUGCAGUUACAAGAAACUGUUCGAAGGGGGUACUACAAUCGUGCGGUUGCAAUCCCAAGUUGAGAUCUUCGAUUCCUGCUAAUCCAAGGUACAUAACAUCAAGCGGGUUGGUACGAUCGAAAAAUAAUUUGAAACAAUCAAAGAUCCAAUGGUCAUGGGGAGGUUGCUCUGAUGACGUUGAGUAUGGUCAGUCCCUGGCGAAAAAGGUGCUUGACGAUUUAGAAGUAGGAUUUGACUCCCAAACGUACGCGAAUUUACAUAACAACCUGGUGGGGCGAAUGAUAAUUCGUAACACGAUGAUCAAGAAAUGUCGAUGUCACGGGGUCUCCGGCAGCUGCUCACUUCAAACGUGUUGGUUGCAAGUCGCUCCAUUCCAGAAAGUCGCCGAGGUUAUUAGGCAACGUUACAAAAAAGCGGUAAAAAUAAUGGUUGAAAACAGAGCAACUUUCGAGCCCAGCCCAACGGCACCACCAAGAGUACACGACCUCAGCAACCAUCAACUUGCGUUUAUUGAAAGAUCUCCCGAUUAUUGCAUACCGGAUAGCACGAUAGGAUGGCCAGGAACCAAAGGAAGGCCCUGUCUGCGGGGACGUUCCAAAGGAAACACGUUGCUAGAAAGACGAAGUUGCAAAAAUCUAUGCAGGCAUUGCGGACACAGGGUUCGAAAGUACAAGAGACAAGUGAAGAAAAAUUGCAACUGCAGUUUUAUAUGGUGCUGUGAAGUUAAAUGUGACAAUUGUACAGAAGUUGUUGAAGAAUUCUUUUGUGAUUGACGAUUAGCUAAGUUUAU